AUGAACUCUGGCAUCCCAAUUUUUCCAACUAUGAUCCCAAAUAUCGUGAACCCAUUAUGGUUUAGUGUUGAUGAGCCUAAAAAUGAAGAUUCAGAACUUAUUCGAAUAGAAAGUAUUCAUCAAAACUGGUUACUUACAUUAACAAACAAAAUCAACGACAAGGACUUUCCAAUACCAAUUGGCAAAACGGCAACUGAAGUACAAGAUGAGGAUGAUGAAGAAGAUGAAGAGGAAGAAGUCAAUGCUUCAGAUGAUAGUGAAACCCAUGAUGAGGAAGACGAUGAUGUUGAAAUGGAUGUUACAAAUACAUAUGAUCGAGAUUCACCCAUUUCUGUUUCUACUAGAUAA